UAUAUUGAAAAAGCAACACUGGUAAAAAAGUUCGGUACACCACAUGCGACAUGAACCUGUCAUUGUCAAGCUGCUGAUGCUGCAUGCUGGAACGUUGAUUUCAUCAUUAUAUGAAUUUUAGAAAGUUUGAAGGAUGAUUGGAGGAGCUUUAGGUGGACUGGCAAACUGGUCACGGUUGACUGGAUCAGCAGACGACGACUGGAUAGAUAGAAUCAACCAUAUAUGGAGUGUUGUCCUGCUGACAGCUUUUACUAUUAUUGUCAGCUCAGCACAAUUUGUUGGUGAUCCUAUCCAUUGUUGGAUGCCGGGGGAGUUUUCGUUUGCACGAGUAGCGUACGCCAAAUCUACCUGCUGGAUUUCGAAUACCUAUUACAUUCCAAUGGAUGAUGCCAUUCCAGAACAUAUUGAGAUGAGACAGAACAAAGAGAUAACUUACUAUCAGUGGAUACCCAUAAUCCUCUUGUUCAUGGCCUUCCUGUUUAAAGUACCAAAUAUUGCAUGGCGUCUGCUAAACGGUUAUUCUGGCAUUGAUAUGGAUAAGAUUGUCAGUCUGUCUAAUGCUUCUUUAUUAUCUUCCCCUGACGAUCGGACAAAAAACAUUUCUCAUAUUGCGAAAUACCUUCACCGAUGGAUCGAAUGCCAGCAAGAUUACCAUAGCAACAUUCUUGUUCGUAUGCGACAUAGAUUUUCAAAUAUCUUUUGUUUUUGUUAUGGUAAACGUGACGGAACAUUUUUAACUGGGUACUACCUUUUCAUUAAACUGAUGUAUUGUGCCAAUGUGGUCGGUCAAUUCUUCAUACUCAAUGCCUUCAUGUCGAUGGAUUAUAAUGUUUUCGGGUUUGAAAUUUUAGAUUAUUUGUUGCAUAACGGUGAAUGGAAAGAAUCGCCAAGAUUUCCAAGGAUAACUUUAUGUGACCUCCAGAUUCGCCAGUUAAACAAUGUCCAAAGGUGGACAAUUCAAUGUGUUUUGCCGAUUAAUCUUUUCAACGAGAAGAUUUUCAUCUUUAUAUGGUUUUGGUUGUUUUUGGUUUCCAUUUUGACAUUUAUCAACUAUUUUUCGUGGGUUUUCUAUUGCACCUUUAAAGAAAAAAAGUUACACUAUGUUAUAAAGUAUUUGAAAAUGGAACAUGAAAUUAGAACUGGUAUGGACAAAAAACUAGCUAGGAAAUUCGUGGAGACCUAUUUACGUAAUGAUGGCGUUUUUAUUUUACGAGUCGUUGGGAAAAAUUCUUCGGACAUGGUAUUAACAGAUCUUGUGGUGAAUUUAUGGAAAAUAUUCAAAGAUUCUUACGUUCCAAGCCAGAAAAGUAACAGGUCACCAGGAAGCGAGGAUACAGAUUAUUUCCGGUUGAAUGGCGACACAACUAAAGAGAAUUAUGUCUAA